AUGGGCAAGGUCGAGGAGAGGAGGCUGCCGACGGCUCCGGCGACGCCGGGUCCGCGCAAGGCCAAGCCAAAGAAGAAGAAGAGGGACAACGGCAAGAAGAAGGCGAAGCGGAUGGCCGCAGCGGCGCUCUCAGCGGAAGCAUCUGCGGCGGCCGCAGCGCUCUCUUACGCCGUCCCGCUGCCCAUUCCGUGCGUGUACUACGACCCGGCCUUUCUGAGCCGUGCAGAGGCGGACGCGUACUACGACCUCUUCAGCGGCUCGGCCAUUCAGUGGGCCAGCUCCGCCGUCUCACGCCGCCCGACCGCCCUGUAUGGCAAUCCCACCGUGCAAUACCACGGCCCGCGCCGCGCAGACAGCCUCAACCUGCCUGCCGUCGGGUACGCCUCGGACGAGAUGCACCCGUGGACGACGGAGUUGCUCGAGCUCAAGGCGCCGCCACCAAGGCCCGCUCUCUCGGCAACAGCACCCAUUUUGCGGCCAGAGCGCCUCGCAAGCGCCCCGUUGCCGGCAGCACACACACCUCCGCCGCACACCUCCGCCGCACACCUCCGCCGCACACCUCCGCCGCAGGCCAAGGCGGAGGCGUGGCACUUGCACACCACCGGCCUCGCGGUCGAGUUUGCCGUCUGCCUGCUCAAUAAGUACGGCGAGGAGGACGUGCUCGGGAACCUUCUAGGUCUGCGGCUCAAGUCGGACGUGGACUCGCCGCUGCCCCCGCUGCACUUAGCGCACGGCUCGCUCACAGUGAUGGAGAAUGCCUGCCAGCUGCUCUACCACCACUCGGUGUUGCCCGCCGAGGCGCCCGGCGUGCGAAUCAACCUCACCUUCCGGGCUCGCACGUCGGUGGUCCCGCCACCCGAGGGCGGCGAGGGAGGCCAGGCGUGGCACACUGCCAGCCGCGCGUUCGGGACGUCGUCCUUUGCCGCCGCCGCCGCCGCCUCCGCCGCCUCCGCCGCCUCCGCCGCCUCCGCCGCCUCGGGCGCCUGCCUCGGCGCGAGCCGCUACCGCGUUUGGCUCGCAUCGCAGCCUCUGUUCCACGCGUGGGUCGCCUCGCAGCUGCAGGGGCGGACGCUCGUCGGCGGGACCGAGAAGAAGAAGCGAGCGAAGGACGCAGCGCAC